AUGGAAAGCAAAUCGUUUCAAAAGAGAAAUUUGGACCUGCAAAUAAAUUCACAAGAUAGCGGAACUAGCCGCUCGACAUUUCAUUCGCUACAAGAUUUAGGAGAUGAUGUAAUCAAUGAAAGCUGGGAUCGUGUAAAUCAAAAGAAGAUUGAUAUAGAUAAUCGUGUGUUUCAUGAACAUCCUGAUUCUUCCCCGUCAUUAUCGGCCCAAAAAGCAAAUACAAAAGAGGAGGAAGUAGCUAUAAAGUCAUCAAACUCCCAGUCAAGAGACCCUUCUCCAGGUUCUCAAGCAAACAUUCCAUACACGUAUUUUACCAAGGAUCGAAGACUAGUUAUAUUUGGAAUUAUCAUUUUUAUAGGAUUCUUGGGCCCAAUGUCAGGAAAUAUAUAUAUACCAGCAUUACCGCUGCUACAAAGGGAAUAUAAUGUAAGCGCAACAACCAUAAACGCUACAGUUUCUGUAUUUAUGGCCGUUUUUUCCGUUGGUCCACUCUUUUGGGGCGCACUUGCCGAUUUUGGUGGGAGAAAAUUUCUAUAUAUGGUGUCGUUGUCACUAAUGUUAAUUGUUAAUAUACUGCUGGCUGCAGUGCCGGUGAAUAUUGCGGCGCUUUUUGUUUUAAGAAUUUUCCAAGCUUUCGCUUCCAGCUCUGUGAUUUCUUUGGGGGCUGGCACUGUAACAGACGUUGUUCCUCCAAAACACAGGGGAAAGGCAAUAGCAUAUUUCAUGAUGGGUCCAAACAUGGGCCCUAUUAUAGCACCCAUUGUUGCUGGGCUAAUUUUAAUGAAAGGGAAUUACUGGAGAUGGCUUUUUGGUUUCACUUCUAUUAUGGCGGGAAUAGCAUUGAUAUUGGUCACUGCCUUACUUCCAGAAACAUUGCGUUGUAUAGUUGGCAAUGGAGAUCCUAAAUGGGGUGAAAAAAAGGAUGAAUCUGAAAAUAAUGGACUUUCAUCUUUCAAAAGUAAUGAAACAUCGUAUUGGCGUCUGUUCCCGGACAUGGGUAUUCGUAAACCAGUCACUGAUGACGCUUUUUUCCAACAGAAAUUUCCGAAACCACCUAAAGCAGGUUUGACACUAUAUUGGAAAAUGAUUAAAUGUCCUCCAAUAAUAAUUACAUCCGUCAGUACUGCACUCCUGUUUUCUAGUUACUACGCCUUCAGUGUCACGUUUUCUUAUUAUCUUGAAAAUGACUACAACUUUACUAUGUUGGAGAUUGGCGCUGCUUAUGUCUGCCCUGGCGUAGCCAUGUUACUGGGAUCUCAAUCUGGUGGUCAUCUUUCAGAUUAUCUUCGUUUGCGCUGGAUUAAAAAUCACCCUGAAAAGAAAUUUCCUGCAGAGUUUCGUCUACUACUGAAUCUGAUUGGAAUUUUACUAACAAUAUGCGGUACAGUUGGAUAUGGAUGGGCGAUCUUCUUUCAUUACCAUUUUGUGGUUCUUUUGGUUUUUUCCGCCCUCACCGCUUUUGGUAUGACCUGGUGCAGCAAUACCUCAAUGACAUAUUUAACUGAGUUAUUCCCUAAAAGAGCCGCUGGGACUGUCGCUGUUAGCAGCUUCUUUCGAAAUGUCGGCGCUGCCAUUAGUUCUGCCAUUAUUUUACAACUUUGUAACGCAAUGGGAAUUGGAUGGUGUUUUACAGGGUUGGGUAUCUGCAGUUUAGUUUCAUUGAUUGGUAUAUUAUAUCUACUCAUUUUCCAAAGAAAAUAUACUGCAAAAGAAUUUUAA